UCGCCACCUUCUUGUCUUCGCGGCUCCCCUGUGUGCUCUCCUCGCUCGUCGUCACCACGCUCCCUGCUCGUUUUGAGGCGCCUCAAAUCUAGGCUUGCCAAGAAUGGCGUCGUGAUUCCUGGCUUUCCGCGCGUCCUGCUGACGCCCUAAUUCUAGUGACGCUAACGGUUAGCCUCGUCACGCGCCAACGGUUGGGAUUGUUUUGCCGCGUGUCAGCAGAAUAUCCAGAGGGAGAAGGCGAGAGAAAGACUCGUCGAUCAUUCGCAGCUUUUUUUCCGUUAGACUCGUUCCGACCGGCCACUCAAACGUCUCCGUCUGGUUACCGAAGAUCGGUUACCUCGCCGGAGGUCUUUUGGCGGGAAACGAUGGCCAUCGCGUCGCUCUUCGGCUUUCCGAACAUUCCAGAGGAAUCUAAGCACAUCGAGUUCUGGAAGGAUCCCGAGCGCUCAGGAUGGCUCACCAAGCAAGGCGAGUACAUAAAGACGUGGCGGCGGCGGUGGUUCGUGCUGAAGGAGGGCCACAUGUUCUGGUUCAAGGACGACAAGGUCACCAAGGACUCGCAGCCGCGCGGCGUGAUCAACGUGGGGCGGUGUCUGACGAUCAAGGGCGCGGAGGACGUCAUCAACCGCGCGCACGCGUUUGAGCUCUCCACGUCCAACGACACACUCUUCUUCAUCGCUGACUCCGACAAGGAGAAGGAGGACUGGAUUAACUCGGUGGGGCGUGCCAUUGUGCGCCACUCCCGGUCAGUCACCGACUACGAGGUGCUCGACUAUGACUGCCGUUCACACACACGUGCCGCCCCCACGCCCCCCUCUACGGCUGCUGCUGUCGCUGGUGGUGCGGGUGCUUCGGACCCCUCCCCUGAUCCCUCUGUUCCUAAGGCCGAGGAAGGUUCACCAGGAGAUGCCAACGCAGCUGCCGAUCCUUCAGGGUAGUCAUCAGGGUCCUCCUUAGCAGACAAAAUCCGUCUGUUCGUCGUAUUUUCAGACGCGAUUUAUUCGGUUUCUUCUGAUUUUCUAGACGUCCAAAAAUAGAUAUUCUGAUGCCUUGGAAAUCGAUUUUUAGUACUUCUGAUUUUCCAGGAACUACCAUGUACUGUCAAACAUAUAUUCUAUGUUUUUGUA